AUGAUGAAGGGGUUCACCAAUAGCGCCGGAUGCCUUGCGUUAUUAGCAACGCUGGUCAGCGGGACCAUCGCUCUGCCAGUUCAAGAUGCGCCGCUGAGAGUUGAGUGGCGAUCCCUGUCAAGCGCCGCAAAAGCAGACUACAUCAGCGCAGUAAAGUGCUUAGAUGGCUUACCGUCAAAGAUCGGUCUCGAGACGUCGCGUUACAACGACUUUCCCUAUGUCCAUGCGCAGCUCAACAACGAAACCUUGAGAGAUGAGUGCAAGUACAAAGGCCCAAUGACCUACUGGGACUGGACCCUCGACUCAGAGGACAUGUCCAAGAGUCCCGUCUUCUCCAACGACACCAACACCGGAUUCGGAGGAAACGGCCUGAACGGCGGAUGGGUCCCACCGACGCGACCAAACCUGUUGACCAUGUGCGUAAUCGACGGGGCUUUCGUCAACUUUACCGUGUCUUACUACACCACGACAGCGCUCUCUCAUUGUCUGAACCGUGGUUUCAACGAUGGCAUUGGGGUCAAUGCCGGCCUUUACGAAGGCGGCUUGUACUCCCCCGAAAAGAUAUCAGGGAUCAUUGAAACCUCUGGUAGCUUUUCUACGUUCGCGACCGCUCUGGAAAACGGGCCCCACGGUGCGAUUCACUCAGCUGUAGGAGGAGACUUGUUCCCUUCGACAUCUCCAAACGAUCCCUUAUUCUUCCUUCACCAUGUGCAAAUCGAUAGACUUUGGUGGCUCUGGCAACAGGCUGAUCCCGCAAGCCGGACGUUGGACUUUUCGGGUCGGAGGAAUCUGCCCUCAGGGGAAGUCGAUACCCGGCCAGCGUCUCUCAACGACACGCUUCCAACGCGUGGCUUGGCGGUCGAUAUUCCUAUUCAACAAGUUAUGUCAACAACGACAGAUUUACUGUAUUAUAAGUAUUAG